AUAUAAAAUUUGUUCCCUUUUCCCUUCUCCUCGUUUCGCGGCAGCCGUCUUCGUCUCUGAGGUUAUCAAUUCCUUGCUCAUCGUAGCGCCGCUCCUCUCUCGUCCAGAUCCAAUGGCACCCAAGAAAGACAAAGUUCCUCCUCCGUCCUCUAAACCAGCCAAAUCCGGUGGCGGAAAGCAAAAGAAGAAGAAGUGGAGCAAAGGAAAGCAAAAGGAGAAAGUGAACAACAUGGUCCUGUUCGACCAAGCUACAUACGACAAGCUUCUCUCCGAGGCUCCCAAGUUCAAGUUGAUCACUCCCUCUAUCCUCUCCGACCGUUUGAGGAUCAAUGGAUCGCUUGCUCGGAAGGCUAUCAGAGAAUUGAUGGCUAAGGGAACGAUCAGGCUGGUCUCUGCUCACUCAAGCCAGCAGAUCUACACUAGGGCUACCCACAGCUAGUCUCCCUAAAUUGUCUUCGUUGUUUAUCUUUCUUUAUCCUAUGACUUGAUGUACCCUUUAUAUUUCUAGAAUGCAUUUUAAACUUGCGUACCUUAUAUUACUGUUUCAUUUUUUUUUUUUGAACAAGCUUUUCAAUCUAAA